CAUAGCAAUAGCAUCAGGUUGAAUCAUUGAAUCUGCUCAGUCUGUUUCAAUCUGUUCACUCCGCAGCACGUAAUCCUCCAACGUCCGUUCGAAAUUCAAAUUUCCAUAAAUUGCAUUCCCAAUUUAAACUCUUUUUUGGUCUUAUCAUCUACUAAGGAAGAAACAUUGAAAACAUGCCUAUCACCGGGUCAUACAAGCUUACGAAGAGUGAGAACUUUGAGGAAUAUAUGAAGUCUGUGGGUGUUGGGCUCGUAAUGCGAAAGAUGGCUGCCACAGCCACCCCCACUACUGAGAUUACCCAGAAUGGGGAUGACUGGAACAUUAAAACGUCGACCACCUUCAAGACGACCGACAUUAAGUUCAAGUUGGGACAAGAGUUUGAUGAAGAAACGGCUGAUGGGAGGAACUGCAAGUCCACCAUCACCCUUGAUGGUGACACCAAGUUGGUGCACAGUCAAAAGUGUGGUGAUCAGACGCUUCAGAUUCUCCGAGAGUUUACUGACGAUGAGAUGAAAAUGACUUUGGAAGGACCCGGUGGCGUCGUGUCCACCCGUGUUUACAAGAAGUAAAUCUUGUUUUUUACAUUCAGUUAUAAGCUCUCUGCUUGGUGCGUUAAUUGAAUGAAGUUCUUCAAAAUUCAGUUCUCUCCGGUGACCUCUAAUCACUUCUCUUCCUCGUCUACUUCGCCGUUAUUAUCAGCUAUCCAGAUAUAUUUCUCUUCCAAAAUAAUCUCCAAUUGAAAAUCUCUUAAUGUGACCAACAUUACAGAUCUGACGACAUUGAAUCUUUUAUGCCAAAUAUUUGUUACUGAUAAGCAAUUGAUAAAUUUGCUCGUUCUUCGAUUGUUCAAAGAUCAAAAAUGACUGUAUGUCAACUUUCUGUUACUUGUUACUUACUACAAAAUUAUCCGUUCAUUAAUUCACUUUUCCAAUGUUCCAAUCCAACAGGAUCAAACGAGGUAAUCACUGAAUAAUUUUUCCACAAAUUCCAAUUUACAAGUUAUAUAUUGUGUAUCCGAUGUGGUUCCAAAUUUAUGAAAGAAACAAAUAUAUUUUCUCAUUGAAUUUUGAAUGGA